ACGUCUCUUGCGCAUGGCGUACGUAUAUAUUAUCUCCGUCUUACAAACGUACAACAUAUUAAAUUUACGUUCAGUAGAACUUGUUUUGUAUUGAAAGCUUUUAUUAAAGCGAAUACGUAAAGAACAUUAUUUGAUUUUGUAUUUUUGUCUUUUAUGCGGUAAUUUAAUUUCUAAGAUAGUUAUGACUUAAAAUACUUCAGUUUAAAAAUGCUUAUAUAACCUAGUUUUACCGAAAAAAAGAGUAAUUGAUGAUCACCAAUACUUCCUGGUAUACAAUAAGAUGAUUGUCAGAAAUAGUGACAGUCAUUCGUCGAAAUAUCCUUUGUGUUCUCCAUGUUUGCGAUGACUCGGAAGUCGACAAACACAUGUUCUUGAAAUUUCAAACGUUCAUCGAAGAUAAUAUGACUCUGGUUAUUGCGGUAACUCAGUUCCGACCACUGCAGGAUAUCAGUUAUCUCACUGACAUCGUCAAAAAACGACGGACAGAAACACACCAGUCGCCAAUGAGACCGUAUAUUAGCCAUUCGCCGAGCAAUUAAAAAAAGUCGACUACAACCGUACCCGAAAAUAUCCGACCGACACUGACCUUAUACUCCAGUUAGCUGCGUGAAUGUGUCAUCAGAAAAUGCUACUUAUUUGAGGUGACAGUUUUAUAUGGACUCGUAUUUUCUAUACUUAACGAUAGGACAAGAAUUCCACCUAUUGUCGAUUAGCGUCAUGCCAAAUCGGGACGGUGACUCAGAGACCACUGGCCAGGUUCGACCCAUCUUCCAUCAAACACCUGUACAUAAUAUAUUAAAACAUUUUAGAAAAUAAAUAAAAUUAUGUUUAUAAUUGUCCUUAAAACAAGACGCGUGUAUUUAUUCAAUAAAGCAACACAUCGAAAUCCAGCGUCUGUAUCAAUGUGAUUAAUGUGUUAUGUGUAACAAUACUUCGUUAUUGAGUUAUUCUUCAGAAAAUAAUAUAAAAUGAUACAACUGAGUAAAAUAUUACAUAGCUAUUUUAAAAAAAGUACAUCACUGGUAUAAAUAUGAAAUAAAUAAAAUAAAACCGAAGAAUAUUUACACAUAAUUAAAAACAAGUGUAAAUUUUUUUUUUUGUUAAUACAUAGAAUUAUCAAUUAUGAAACAUCGACCAAUAAAAGUAUGAGAUCUAAUUCAAAUAUUUGGCUAUAUAUAUAUAGUAGGUACCUAAAAUGUACGGUUAAUAAAUUAAUUUAAUAUAUACACAUUAAUUAUUUUUUUUCAAAAAUAACUUAUAGUAAUUGUUUAAAUGAUUGUUAUGUAUUUGCAUAAUAGGAAAUUAUUACCAACCUGCAAGUAUUUGAUUUACAGUCAUGUAUUAAAAAUAUGUUAACAAUCUGACCUUUUUAAACUUUUUAUAGAAUUUAUUUUAAAGAUUUCAUUGAUAUUUAAUUUUUAUACUUUUGCUAGUCUCUAUAGCCUUAUAGUACUUAUAGUAUAAUAGUAUAAGGCAUUGCUGGAGAAAUGUUUAAAAUAUUAUUCGUAUUGGUAUCAACUUUAAUUCUCCAUGGACCAAGUAUAGAAGUAUCUGGCGAUAAUCCUAAUUUAUGGCCAUUUGUCGAACAACAAUUUUCGGAUUGGCAAGUGCAAUCGCCAAUAAAUAUAAAAUCGCAAUAUGCGUAUAACGUCAAUUUAACAAGUUUGUUAUACUAUAGAUAUUGGCGUGAAGAUAACAGUGUUCAAAUUAAAAUAGAAAUAAAAAAAAAAUCACUUUAUAUUAGUAAUAAAAAUAAAAUUAGAGCGCACAUUACUGGUGGACCAUUAUUUGAAAAAAAAUAUUUGUUUUCUCGCAUGUAUAUAUAUUGGAAUACCGAAGGAAAAAUAGGAAGUGAACACCAAAUCAAUUCUCAGGGCUAUACAAUGGAAGUUCAAAUGGUACAUUUUAAAAGAGAAUACAAGCAUUACAAAAACGCUAAACGUUAUCCUGAUGGUAUUUGCAUUAUUUCAUAUUUUGGAAAAUUAUCAGAUGGAGAUAAUCCAUUAAUGAGUGAUUUUAUGACAGCUGUGCAAUCCAUCCAAAUUACCGGAUCUACUUAUAUUCUUUCAACAUUUAAUACUCACUUUAAAUGGUUGGUAGAUUUAGCUAAAAAUUAUUGCUAUUAUGUAUAUCCAGGAUCGAUAACUAAGCCCCCAUUUAAUCAAUGUGUCACAUGGGUUGUUUAUGAAAACACGUUCAGUAUUAGCCAAGCACAAUUGAACAUUUUGCGAUCAUUAAUUGGAAUCAAUGGACAGCCCUUAACAUCUAUAAAACGUAGAAUGAUACAACCAUUUAAUAAUCGACCACUUUGUCAUGUUUAAUCAAAAUAUUAUUUGUACCUUAUACGUUAUUUAUAUUUUAAAAUGUAUUAUGUACCUUUCCAAAGGUAUAUUAUUAUGAUCGAGAUGAGAUGAUUAAAUAAAUUCAAUAUAUUAUAUCAUGUUAGUUUAUU